AUGAAUUUGUCAUUCGCUGGCUGUGGAUUUUUGGGAAUUUACCACGUUGGAGUAGCGGUUUGCUUCAAAAAAUACGCGCCGCAUUUGUUGUUGGACAAAAUAAGUGGUGCAUCAGCGGGUGCUAUUGCUGCGUGCUGUCUUCUGUGUGAUUUACCCCUCGGACUCUUCACACAAGAUUUAUUAAAAGUAAGCAAAGAAGCAAGAAGAAAGACACUAGGACCAUUUAGCCCCACAUUCAAUGUCCAAGCUAUUCUAUUAGAAUCAUUGCAAAAGUAUUUACCGGAAGAUGCCCACACUAGAGUUAACGGAAAACUCCAUAUAUCAUUAACGAGAGUUUACGAUGGACAAAAUGUUAUUGUAUCACAGUUCAAUUCAAGAGAAGAUUUAUUCCAGGCUCUUCUUGCAACAUCAUUUGUACCAAUAUUUUCUGGUCUACUACCCCCACGUUUCCAUGGAAUUCGUUACAUGGACGGAGGCUUUAGUGAUAAUUUACCAACGUUAGACGAUAAUACAAUAACAAUAAGUCCUUUUUGUGGCGAAAGUGACAUUUGUCCCCGUGAUUUUGCGUCACAAAUGUUUCACGUAAAUGUUGCCAAUACGAGUAUUGAGUUGUCACGCGAUAAUAUUUAUCGCUUCGCACGAAUUUUAUUCCCACCUAAUCCAGAGAUUUUAUCAAAAAUGUGUCAACAAGGUUUCGACGAUGCACUGAGAUUUUUACAUCGCAAUAAUCUCAUAAGUUGUACUCGUUGCGUGGCGAUACAAUCACCGUUUGUUGUAUCAGAAACACUUGACGAUAACACUGAAUACGAUCCUGAGUGUAUUGAGUGCAAAAUCCAUCGGCAGGAGGCGUUAAUGGCUGAUUUACCAGAAACUGUGAUGACUAUUCUUCAAGACGCCAUUGAUUCGGCGAAUAAAGGGAUCAUUAAUUGGUUAUUUAAACAGAAAAGUUUUAAAUUAUUGUCUGUUUUAAGUCUUCCCUACACAUUACCAGUUGAUGUUAUGUGUGCUACUAUAAAUAAAAUUAUUUCAACGGCACCGAAAUUAAGUGGUCAUAUUGUUGGAAUAAUAAGAGAUGUAGUUAAGCAGUUGAAUUUAAUAUUACCAACAAUAAAUAUUCAAUUUAUAUCGAUAACUGAUUUGAUAAGAUUCCAAGUCGCAUUGGCUAAAUAUAAAAAGAAUUACAAUGAAGAUAACAUCGAUGGAAUCAAGUCAUGUCGUCAUGAUUCGCAUGUAGACAACCGUGACAAUUUUGAAAAUAUUCUACAAGGAACUUCUGACUAUGAAGCGCUGAUGGCUUACUAUUACAUGAAUCAGAAUAAGAAUACCACUGCAAUAACCGAUUUAUUUGAAUUAAAAAAUCAAAAGUACAAUUCAAAUAUGAACUUAGACAAAAAUAACGUCAAUGUACAAUUUAGCGACAUUGAUUCUUGGGAUGAACCUGAUUGGAUUGCUCAACAUACACUUGCCGAUGUUACCGGGGCAAAAAAUAGCGUAGACGUUCCAGCUGACGUUGAUGUAGUAGAUGGCAUUGACGUAACCGAAGACGAUCUAGGUAGUCUCGAAUUAUCAGACCGUUCUGUUGAAGAUUCGAACAUUUUUUCAGAUCCCGAAAGUGAGUGGGUUAUUGAUAAAACUGACAAAGUAAAAGCUAAUCUACAACAGAUUAAUUUAACCCCUAACCUCUCUUCAGACUGUCGACCGGAAGUUGAUCAACCUAGUCUUUGA